AUGGCAGCUUCUCCGCCUGACGGGGAUUUUGUGUAUCCCGACCCUUCCCUUUUUGGUAUUAAUAUGCCGCCGCCACCUCAUUCCCACCCUUACCCGUUAACCCUUUCCUCGGGGCCUAACCCCCAUGCUGCCCCCGCUCCAGCACCAGCCCCCAUCGCUGGCCCUAUUCCCGCUCCGCGCCUAUCUGCUAGGGGACUGCAGCCCUUUCCGGCGUUGUUUCCUGGACUACAAGCCCCAAUCGAGCUCACCAACGUGGCCGAUAUCGCCUUUUGGGAUAAGCAAUUGCUGUUGUCGUUCGAUCAUAGCCGUAUCGGCCUUCGCAACGGCCAGCAGGGUAUACGCAAACACUCGUCGGUGAGCCGCCGGUGUCGCGCCCGGAUCCAGUUGAGGAAGUUGUGGCAGAGCGCCGGAGGAGAGCCCUAUGUCAAGAGGCGAGUCUUCGAAGACAACCCCGACCUACAUAUUACCAGAGAGUUCCACCAUGGCUCGUACACAAAAACCAACAUUAGCACCACCACGGGUGGUCCUCCAUCCCGCUCCGAUUCCACAGGCUCCGCGAGGGUCGACCCCGAGAGCUACGAUGACUUGGCAGAGACUUCACAGUUCUACAGCAGAGAUCAACGUGUUGAAGACAAUGUGCAUCUGGCCACCAUAGGCUUCGAACCUGUGAACAAGAGUGAUGAGGCACUGUUUCUGUGGAAGUCCUAUCUAGGGGCCCACAACUUGGCAUCAGUGAAUACCGUCGGCACUGGCCUGCCAGAUGCUCUUCGUCACCGGGGAGGUGCCAGACAAGCGGUAGUUUUUUUGGCUGCGAGGGCUCUUGGUCGUACUGUGACGGUCGGACCUCCAGCAGUGACCGCCACGGUAGGGGUUCCACAAGCGGCAGGUGGACCACCUUUCACGACAGCAGGCGGGUUGGCCGAGAGCGCUACUGUUGGAUUAGGAGGAGCUGGCCCUUCCACCGCAGUUUUCAGGGCUGCUCCCAGUGGUCCUCACGAAACGCCUCGUAGAGAAAACCACAGGACACUCAUGACCCGCCAGGUGGAAGAUGCCAUCAUCAGUGCCGCGCUGAACAACGAUGAGACCCUCCUGCUGGCAUUGCACUACCACAGGGAGAAUCUGCCAGAUCGCUCCAGAGAAUCUGACAGGACGGCGAUCACAAGGCUCGCUGUCCAAUUCCUUGACUUCGCACGACCACGUGCGAGCGCUAGUGAAGCCUUGAUCGAGCUCGCACGAGCAAGGUGGGACGUAGACGCGGCUCUUGACAGCUGGGGCUCCAACAACGGCGACGGCGUUGAGAAUUACGAUGGAGCGGAUGAUCAGAACAACGAAGGCCAGCCACCGAAGAAGAAACAACGGCUCCAUGAUACUGAUGCUGCAGAUGAGGGGGAGGAGGAGGAGGAGGAGGAGGAGGAAGAAGAGGGCAACGGAAAGGGGAAAGGGAAGGGGAAGAGCAAAUUGAAGGGCAAGCAGAAGGGCAAGGGGAAGGAGAAAGAAGCAAACGAGUGA